AUGCACUGGUUGAUACCUUUUACUCCUGGAGGGCACGUGCUCCCGGACCGAACAUCACCUGGCCACAUUGAGACGUCGGCCAGGGUCAAGUCUGUACACACUGACUACUGCGCAUCCUCGGGUAGCUGCCUCUGGUUAGGUGUCCGCGUUAGAGGUGGUGAAAUCUCCUCCGACCUCUUGCGGGACUUUUGUCGUGGGGAGGGCAUCCUCCAGUCGUUCACGCUUCUGGCCUCCCCGCAGCAGAAUGGGGUUGCUGAGCGCCGCAUUGGCUUAGUCAUGGAGGUCGCUCAUACCUCCAUGAUCCAUGCGGCUGCUCCCCAUUUUCUGUGGCCAUUUGCGGUCCGGUACGCUGAGCAUCAGCUCAACCUCUGGCCCCGUGUCUCCAUACCGGAGACCUCGCCUAUACUGCGUUGGAUGGGGAAGGUUGGCGAUGCGUUGGUGUUCCAGGUUUGGGGCUCUCGUGCCCUUGUCCGCGAUACGUCUGCGGACAAGCUCUCCUCCCGCGCCAUUCCCUGUGUCUUCCUUGGCUUCCCCCUUGACGCGCCUGGCUGUCAGUUUUACCACCCCACCUUGCGUCGUAUUCUGUCCCCUUUGACGAGUCGGUUCCCUUUUACCGUCUCUUCCCCUACCGUACCGCCCCUCUCCCCCCCUUGCCGCUCUUCCUUGCUCCAGAUCCCCCUCAGUGCUGCUCAGGGUGCUGCGUCUCGGUGUGCUGAGCCUGGGGGUGCUGAGCCUGGUGGUGCGGAGCCUGGGGGUGCUGAGCCUGAGCGGGUGGAGUGUGGAGGUGCUGAGCCUGAGUGUGCGGAGCCUGGGGGUGCUGAGCCUGGGGGUGCGGAGCCUGGAGUCCUGGAGGUGCUCGUACUGGAGGUACUGGAGCUGCCGGAGCUACCAAUACUUGUGGUGCAGGUGGUGCUGUCACUACUGGCCCCGGAGGUGCUCGUAUUGGAGGUACCAGAGGUUCUCGUAUUGGAGGUACCGGAGGUGCUCCCUCACCACAGCAGCUACGCGAGUGGUACACUCAGCGGUCCCGCAUUCGGAGUGGCGCUGCUGGAGCUGGAGGCACUGCGGCUGGAGACGCGGGGGCUGGAGGUACCGGAGGAGCUAGUCUUGGAGGUGCUCGUACUAGAGGUACUGGAGCUGCCGGAGCUGGUGGUGCUGCUGGUGCUGGAGGUGCUAAUGGUGCUGGCACGGCUGGUCCCAAUGGUGCUUGUACUGGAGCUGGAGGCGCUGGAGCUGGAGGCGCUAGAGCUGGAGGCACUGGAGCUGGAGGUGCUGGAGCUGGAGGCACUGGAGCUGGAGGCACUGGAGCUGGAGGCACUGGAGCUGGUGACCCGGGAGCUGGAGGUGCUGGAGCUGGAGGCACUGGAGCUGGAGGCACUAGAGCUGGAGGCAGUGGCGCUGGUGACCCGGGAGUUUGAGGUGCUGGAUCUGGAGGCUCUGGAGAUAGAGGCGCUGGAGCUGGAGGUUUCGGAGCAGCUGGAGGCCCUGGAGCUGCUGAUACUAGCACUGGAGGUGCUAGUGCCGAAGGAGCUGGUCCUGGUGGUACUGCACAGCCGCAACUGUUCUUCGCUCCGUCGUCACCGUCGUCUCUGCCGCCAGUAG